GCUGCGGCGAUGAAAGGCCAAUCCGGGAUUGUAGGGCUGCUUCUCGACUACUACGCCGAUCCAAAUAUCACGGAUCAGGUUGGUCGGACACCGCUGCAUUCUGCAAUCAAUAGCGGAGAUGAAUCAACAGCCAAGAUUCUGCUCGAAGCUGGAGCUAACAUAGAAAGCAUGGAUAAUAGCGGCUGGACACCACUGCACGUUGCAGUUUACCUAGGAAGAGAAGAGGCCGCGAAACUUCUAAUCAAACAUGGAGGUAACAUGGAAAGCAGAGAUGUCGAUGGCUAGACGCCACUGCACAUGGCAGCUGGCCUCGGACAUGAGACAAUGGUGAAGAUUCUGGUCGAGGCUGGAGCUGAUGUAGAAGCCAAAGACGAUGAUGGGUUUGCACCGGCCGAACUUGUACCUCACCGGAAUCGUAUAGUUAUACAACAGCUUCUACGCAAACCGCAAUAUCAUCCGUCUGGUAACAUCACCAUGUUCCCAGAUAUCGCGAACGGACAGCACAGAGAUAAAGGACAUGCAACCCCGGGAGGAAGCAUGGAUGCUGAACAAGAGGUACGCCGAU